AGAGUGUACUUUGACGGUCCAAGCGAGGUUGUUACAUGUGCGACAACGUAACGUCGUUUACAUAACACCCAAAUUUAGACGACGCACAAACGCCGUUUGAGGAAAAGCCGUUCGGGUAAGCACAGUUUCACGAUCGGAAGUGGCAGUAAUCCGGGGUACGUAGACGUGUUGUUGUGUAACAAUACUUUAGUGGAUCAGUUUAAAUAAGUGGGUAAAUAGGUGAAUCACACCCGUCGUUUUUUGAGCAAAGCAGAGCCGGGCACAUUGCAGUCUCAAUUUUAUUGCGCAAGUGGUGGUUAAAAAUCGAUAUUUACCGGCGGACUUAGCACCACACGUGCUAUCUAACAUGGACUAGCUGUUACACAACAAUGCAGCGAUACGGCGUGAGUGACCUCGGACAACCUGCUACCACCCGGUCGGACAAAAAUGCCAAUUACUUUUUGAAAAAGUACCCGGACUUACUCACCUCCCUCACGACUUACUCGACUUCGAGGCUCAAGUGCGAAGGGAGGAUAUUGCGUAGAGACACCGAGAGGAUCAAGAGGAUCAGGCGGUUCAGGAGGCAGCCCAAUCUCAGGUUGAGGCAGUUCGAGAGCGCUUUUUUCCACGCCAUGGACCACAAGAUCCUGCUUUUCAGCUGCCCCAUGUGCAGGAAUGUUCUCAAGGGACCUGUGACCGUUGAAUGUGGACAUACGUUUUGCAGUGAUUGUUUAACGUCCUCCUUAAAUAACUGUAGCCGAUGUGUUGUUUGUGCCAUGGAUUUAACGUACCAAAACAGAUGCGUCAAUGUGUUGGUCCAGGACCUUCUGGAGAAGUGGAGAGAAAGAAACAAAUGCAAUUCCGAUAUUGAUUGUGUAGUGCCUGAAGCAGCUGACAUUUUGGGUUUAGAGCCAAGGUACCAUCUCAGGUCAGGAUAUGCUGGUCUUCAAAUAAAUAACAAUAUGCAUAAGAUAAUUGAUUUUCGCUACCACAAGGAAAAAAUUCCAAGGUAUAAAAAUGAAAGUCGAAUAUUAAGGAACAGUCAUUUUUAUAAUAGCCCGCUUAAAGAAAAUACAGAAAAUUGUGAUUACUUUCAAGAAACGUUAGAAAAUAUUUUUAAAGAAGUAGACGAUAUAAAAGAAGAAGCCUUAAAAAAUAGCUGGGAUUGCAUAACUGUAACUGACCUAGAAUGCAUCCUAUGCAGUCGAUGUCUUUUGGAUCCUGUCACAACCGAUUGCGGUCACACCUUCUGUAGAGGAUGCCUGACCAGGGUUUUGGACCACCGAUUGUCGUGCCCUUUGUGUAUGGCAACUCUGAAUGUAAGGGACUAUUCCAGAGGUUCGACAGUCGUGUUGCAACAAGCCAUUCAGUUUCUGGUCCCCAAAGACUUCAAGGAAAGAGUGUCGGUAAAUUUGAAGGAAAGUGUUAUUUUGGAGAGAAGUUCUGAUAUUCCUGUUUUUGUGUGCACUAAUGCUUUUCCUGGUGUAGCCUGCCCCUUAUACGUUUGUGAACCGAGAUACAGGCUUUUAGCACGAAGGUGUCUUCAAUCUCCAACAAAACGAUUUGCAAUGGCUAGUAAGGAAUCCAAUGGAAAUAAGUUCGUACAAUUCGGGACCAUUCUAGAGGUGAAAGAUGCCGUUAAUUUGGGAGAUGGAAGAUACAUUUUGACCACUGUCGGUGUGAAGAGGUUCAAAGUUAUUAGCAGAAAUGAACAGGAUGGAUAUGACACUGCGAAAGUUCAAUACGUCAAAGAUAGUGUGGUACUUGCUGAAAAGGUUCCAGAAUUGUUGGCGUUACAUGAAAAAGUUUACUCUAAAGCUUCAAAAUGGAUAAGAUCUUUGAAACCAAAAGUGCUGGCAGAGGUGGAGAGGCUCAUCGGUCAAAUGCCCAAUGUUGAAAAAAACUGGCUCAGUCUACCUGAUGGGCCUUCAUGGACAUGGUGGUUGAUGCCAAUUUUGCCGCUCAGUUCACAGUUACAGGUUGGAUUUCUGAGCACCACAAGCCUGGAAAAAAGACUCCGUGCAAUCGAUAAAAUGUUUGAACACAUGAAUAUCCGAAUGAAGGCCCUGGAAAGAAACACAGUGGCAUGUUCUCAGGAGGAAGACUCAUUGGAUUCAUGUGCUGAGAGUGAACAGGCCUUUGAAAUGCCAUUUAGCGAAAAUUGAUUCCUCUUUCUUUUUGGAGGUUAUUUCAUACAUACUAUUUAUUUUGAUCAAAACAACACUAUUUAGAGCACUUAUUUAUUCUUAUAUAAUUGCAUUAUAUUAAUGUUGUGAAAUCUAUGAUGGAGUCAUAAUUGUGAUAAGUUUUACAAGUCGUGAGGAAGAUGUAAUUAAAUUAUUGUGUAUCAAUACGAGACCCUAAUAUUCUUUAUAAUGUUUUGUUAUCGUCAAAGUAAAACUUAUCAAAGUUAAGUAAAUGAGUUUAUAUAACAGGUACAAUAUAACUUUUUAUUAACUUCCUAAUCUACAUUCAAUUAUUUAUGAUCUUAAAUUUCUCAUAGAUAAAAGCGUAUUUGAAUUUCACUGAAAAAAUAUUGUCUUAAGUUUUGAAAAAAGAACACGUUUAUUUGCGUAUAACUGUACUAUAUUCUAGUAAAUUUUUUCCAAUUGAAUAAAUGUUAUUUUGAUGAAAGAGAAUUUACUUAACUCGUCAUAUACACAAAUAAAUGUAUCCUUGACAAAAUAUAUAUUUUUGUGUAUUGUACCAUCCAGCAAAAUUUAUUCUGCCGUCAUAGUUUUCUACAAUAUAUAUGUACCAUAUGAUUAAAUCGGGCAAUUUAAGAAUCCUAUUUUGAGAAAUUAUGUACAUUAAACAAUGCUUGUAAUCAUAAAUCAUUACAUAAAUGGUGCUAAAAGUCACCGAUAAAAAUUAUAGUUGUAGUAGUGAAAUGUUUGUGUCAUCUGUGAUUAAGACUAUUUUAAAUAAUGAUUUAUCCUUAAAUUUGUUGCUUUUUAUUCCAUUUUUCAAAAUAGAAGCAAAUGAACUGAAUAGUGCUGUGUCAGAUUCCUUCAAAUUUUAGCAGAUGGAAUUGCACAUGAUACAUACAGUGUGACCCAUUUGAAACCGGGACACCCUCGAAAUUUUAUUUACAGGGCGAUUUUGACCAAUUUUUUUUUGAAUUGUAGAGGGGAGAAAAGUAUACUUUAGGACCAAAUGUCAUCCUUUUUGUACAAAAACCAAGGUCUACUAGAUUAUUUCUGGAAGGUAAAAAAAUCUGAGUACACCACUGGAUUAAGUGACCUCUGAAAUGAAUGUGUUCAAAUCUGUGGCAAAAUUAAAAAUCACAUUUGUUAUGAAAUUUUUCGUCUGACAAAGCAAGCCAUGGAAUAAAAUGUCAAAAAUAACUGACAAUCGGGUCUAUUCUGUAACGCUUUUGAUUAAAUUUUAACGUCACGGCCACAGUUAAAAUUUUAACCUCCCAUUGUUUUAACCCGAUACUGUAUUCUGUAAAAAUUUUAAUGGGUUUAUUUUAACCGAAUAUGUUAAAAUUUAGCGGGACCAAAAUAGAUGCUGUUAAAAUUUAACCUGACUUGACAAAUGGUAUAAUUGAUUUCUACUUAUUUAUAAACGUUAUAAUGGCCCUACAAAUUAAAUCACUUCAAGCUUUAUUUGCAACCAAAAUUUAAUGUGGCUGCAUUUGUUAUAAAAUAUUGUUGACUUCAAAAA